AUGGAAAUGGCAAGAUUAUCUUUUCUCUCUCUCAUGCUACUCAGUCUUUCACUUCAUGUGAACACCGAUUCCUCGCCGUCUCCAUCGCCGGAGUCACCAUCACCGUCGGCUGAUACUCCAUCUCCUCCGCCACUGCCGGAAUCACGGUCACCAUCACUGUCAUCGGCUGACACUCCAUCUCCGUCUCCAUCGCCGGAAUCACUGUUACCGUCAUCGGCUGACACUCCAUCACCAUACUAUCCUCCAUCCAACUCGCCUCUAGAUUCAUCACCGCCAGCGCCGCCUCCAUUAAAUCCGAGUCCAGUUUCCACUCCGGCUCCUUCGCCGGAGGAUUCUACUUUAAUAAACCACAUCGGUCUUGACGAGAAAACAGAUGAUUCGUCGGCAGAAGGAAUGAGUGGAAGCAAGAAAGCAGGGAUAGCGAUCGGAAUAAUAGUGGCGGCGAGCGUGCUUAUGUUGGCAGGGAUGGUGUACAAGAAACGGAAACAGAAUCUACGGAGAAAUCAGUAUAAUUACGCGGUAUACUAG